CAGAAAACAACCAAAAUGCGUUACAUCAUCGUCUUUUUGGCCGCUAUUGCCUGUGCCGCUGCCAUGUCUACCAGCAGCCACCACUCGUCAAGCUCAAACAACAACGGUGCCUGGGUUGAUGGAGUCCCAGUAGGUGGAAGCAACUGGAACAGAAACUGGAACGGAAACCGUAACAGCAACUGGAACGGUAACACCCCCAACAGCAACUGGAACGGAAACCAUAACGACAACUGGAACGGUAACACCAACGGAUGGAACGGUAACACCAACGGAUGGAACGGUCGCUCCAACGGAAACUGGAACUCCAACCGCGACGCCAACUCCAACUGGAACUCCCAUGCUUAAGAACUUUCUUAAAUAACUUGAAAUCACAUUUCGAUGAUUCAAAUGCUUUUUGAUUAUUUUACCAAAUUCUAAAUUAUGAUCAUCUUCAAUUAAUUUUUGGAUUCGUACUUUUCGGUGUUUUAAUAAAGAAUAUUUCAUU